ACGAGAUGGUCACGUUUGGAGUUACAGUGACAAUCGAGAUCUAGGCGGUCACGGAUCAGUUUUGGUAGAUUACUGUCUUCAUAAAAUUAAGAAGAGAUAACAGCUAUCUGUGAAUGAAAAUGAAAAUCUCAACCAACCUGUUAAAGGAUACUCGUGAUGAAUGGUUAGCCAAGACUAGUGCUACAAUAAAUACGGUAAAUCCUAUAAUAGAUAGAAUAAUGGAAGACGAGUCCGUGGAGGGCGUUAUUAUGACUAAUAAAGAAGGUGCUCCAAUAUUAACAAACGUUAGUCUAACUACAGCCACGAAUUAUGGAUUAUCGUUCAAUAGAUAUGGAAACAUGGCGCAGAACUAUAUUAAAGAAUUGGAUCCGUUCGACGCGGUUAUAGUGAUGCGAAUAAAUACUAAGAAAAUAGAGAUCAUGGUGGCACCGGAUCCUGAGUUCAACAUCAUAGUUAUACAACACACUCAUGUAGAAACCGGCAUCACUGAAGAAGGGAAGACGAUGAGAACCGCCGACCGCUCCUUGGUGACGGAGAUGGCAGCAGCAUCAGCCGAGCUCGUCCGCCAAGACCCAGGCAUCUUGGUCUCGUGA